AUGUUGUGUGGCAAUGUAACAUUCGAUUUUUUACAUGGUUAUCAUGAUUCGUGUUUAUCAUUUCAAAAUGGUAAUGUUAAUUUAAUUCUCUCAGCACCACAUGGCGGCACUCUUCUCCCAUCAAAUGUCCCAAAUAGAACAGCUAGUUGUGUAAGUAGUGGUAAUACCACGUGUGCAUUGCAGCACAAUUGUCGAUCACAAUCAAAUUCAAAACGACGUUCUAUAACAAUUGUUCAAGAUUAUUUAAGUGAUGAAUUUACGAAAAAUGUUGCCAAAGAACUUUAUCGUACGUAUAAUUUAUUACCAUACAUGGUUAUCGGACAAUGGAGUCGAAAAAAAGUUGAUUUUAAUCGUGAAGUUGAAGAAGCAACGAUGAAUCAUCCAGAAGGCAUUAAAGGCCAUCAAAGUUAUCAUAAUUUUAUAUUAGAUGCUAUUAACAAAAUUGAAAAACAAUUUGGGCGAGGUUUAUUAGUUGAUAUUCAUGGACAUUCACAAGGUAAUUAUACGAUGAUCGGUUAUUUAUUGACAGGAGAAAAUUUGAAUAAUGAUAAAUUAACCACGCAAACAUCCAUUGAAGAAUUAAUUCAAUCAUCAUGUCCAAAUAAUCGAAAUGAAUGUAUUAAUGGACAGAGUUCAUUAGGGACAAUAUUAGAAGCACACGAUUUAGGUAUUUCAUAUCCAUCAACUGCAAAUCCAAAACCGGGUAAAAAAGUGUUUUACAGCGGUGGAUAUACUACAAGAAACUAUAUCUCAAAAAUUAAUGCAGUUCAAACAGAAUUACCGUAUGAUACAAGAGCUGGACCAAAUCGAGAAGAAUAUGCGAAAAAAUAUGCUAAAGCACUUUAUGAAUACAUGGUAGUAAAUAAGAUAUUAAUUAAACAAUAA